UUUUAAAGAAGCAGCCCAAAGAGAAAGCGGCGCCUUUCCCGUUUGUAAAGGGGACGUGACGCCACGCGCAGCUUGAUGACGACAUUUCGGCGCCGGGUCGCCGAAUGGUGGCCUCCAUCCCUAAAGCGAGCGACCCUGUGGGUCUCUCAGUGGUUUUCUAAGACAGCUGCUUUCGAGUCUCCCCGGGUGGCUGCCAUGGCGUCCCCUCACAUGCAGCAGCCCAGCUUCCUGCUGGCUAGCCUGAAAGCCGACUCCAUGAAUAAGCCCUUUGCACAGCGGUGCCAGGACUUGGUCAAGGUCAUUGAGGAUUUUCCAGCAAAGGAGCUGCACACCAUCUUCCCAUGGCUGGUAGAGAGCAUUUUUGGCAGCUUGGACGGUGUCCUGGCCGGGUGGAACCUCCGCAGUUUGCAGGGCCGAGUGAGCCCCAUGGAGUACAGCGUUGCCAUGGAGUUCCUAGAUCCUGGGGGUGGCCCAAUGAUGAAGCUGGUUUAUAAACUUCAAGCUGAAGACUAUAAGUUUGAUUUUCCUGUCUCCUACCUGCCUGGUCCUGUGAAGGCGUCCAUCCAGGAGCGUGUGCUCCCCGACAGUCCUCUGUACCACAACAAGGUCCAGCUCCCCGCUCCCGGGGGCCUUGGCCUGCACCUGGCUCUCAAUCCGUUCGAGUAUUACAUGUUCUUCUUUGCCUUGAGCCUCAUCACUCAGAAGCCGCUCCCCGGGGCCCUUCACAUCCGCACUUCGGACUGCGCCUACUUCAUCCUGGUGGACAGGUACCUGUCGUGGUUCCUGCCCACAGAAGGCAGUGUGCUCCCCCCAUUCUCCUCCAGUCCGGGGGGGCCCAGCCCCUCACCAGCUCCCAGGACUCCAGCCAUGCCUUUUGCAUCCUAUGGCCUGCACCACACCAGCCUCUUGAAGCGACAUGUCUCCCAUCAGACAUCCGUGAAUGCCGAUCCUGCCUCCCACGAGAUCUGGAGGUCAGAGACACUGCUCCAGGUUUUCGUUGAAAUGUGGCUUCAUCAUUAUUCUUUGGAGAUGUACCAAAAAAUGCAGUCCCCUCAUGCCAAGCUGGAGGUUCUGCACUACCGGCUCAGUGUCUGCAGCGCCCUCCACAGCCCUGCCCAACCCAGCCUCCAGGCCCUCCACGCCCACCAAGAAUCCUUCAUGCCCAGCGAGGAGCAUGUGCUGGCUGUGCGGCUGCUGCUGAAGCACCUGCACGCCUUCUCCAACAGCCUGAGGCCUGAGCAGGCCUCACCCUCCGCCCACUCCCACGCCGCCAGCCCCCUGGAGGAGUUCAAGCGGGCCGCUGUCCCAAGGUUUGUCCAGCAGAAGCUCUACCUCUUCCUGCAGCACUGCUUUGGCCACUGGCCCCUGGAUGCGUCAUUCAGAGCUGUCCUAGAGAUGUGGCUGAGCUACCUGCAGCCCUGGAGGUACGCACCUGAGAAGCAGGCCCUGAGCAGUGACAGCCAGGCCCGUGGCGUGUCGGAGAGAUGGGCACCCUUUGUGCAGGAGAACCUGCUCAUCUAUACCAAGCUCUUCCUGGGCUUCCUGAGCCGAGCACUGCGCACUGACCUGGUCAGCCCUAAGAACGCACUCAUGGUGUUCCGUGUGGCCAAGGUCUUCGCGCAGCCCAACCUGGCCGAGAUGAUCCAGCGAGGCGAGCAGCUGUUCCUGGAACCAGAGCUCGUCAUCCCGCACCGCCAGCACCGGCUCUUCACAGCACCCACAUUCACUGGCAGCUUCCUGUCGUCGUGGCCACCGGCCGUCACCGACGCCUCCUUCAAGGUGAAGAGCCAUGUGUACAGCCUGGAGGGCCAGGACUACAAGUACACCCCUAUGUUCGGGCCCGAGGUCCGGGCGCUGGUCCUGCGCCUGGCCCAGCUCAUCACACAGGCCAAGCAGACUGCCAAGUCGCUCUCUGACCAGUACGGGGAGAGCACGGCUGGCCGUCCCUUUCUGUCAUGGUUGGGCUUCUCCCCCACGGACACCAACGGCUCUUACCCUGGCAAUGACCUGGACGAGAUGGGGCAGGACAGUGUCCGUAAGACAGAUGAGUACCUUGAGAAGGCGCUGGAGUACCUGUGCCAGGUGUUCCGGCUCAGCGAGGCCCAGCUCGCGCAGCUCACACUUGCCUUGGGGACAGCACAGGAUGAGAACGGGAAGAAGCAGCUCCCAGACUGCGUAGUGGGUGAGGACGGACUCAUCCUCACGCCCCUGGGCCGGUACCAGAUCAUCAACGGACUGCGCCGCUUUGACAUUGAGUACCAGGGGGACUCGGAGCUGCAGCCCAUCCGGAGCUAUGAGAUUGCCAGCCUGGUCCGCCUGCUCUUCAGGCUGUCCUCGGCCAUCAACCACAGGUUCGCAGGCCAGAUGGCAGCCCUGUGUUCAAGGGCUGACUUCCUCGGCAGCUUCUGUCGCUACCACCUCCUGGAACCCGGGCUGUCUGGCAGGCGCCUGCUGAGCCCUGUGGGCCGGGGGCGUGCGGCCAACAGAGCACGGGGCCCCCGCCUCAGCCUGCGCUUCCUGGGCAGCUACCGGACUCUGCUGACCCUGCUGCUGGCUUUCUUCAUGGCCUCCCUAUUCUGCGUGGGGCCCCUGCUCUGUGCCCUGCUCCUCGUGCUGGGCUAUGUCCUCUAUGCUGUGGCCAUGACGCUGCUGACUGAACGGGGCAAGCUGCACCAGCUCUGACCAUAGGCCAGCCAUGCUUCCAGGGGAUGCUGAACUGCAGCCUUGGAACCAUCUGGAAGAAGCCUGAAAGGCAUGGGCCAUCCAGGCUGGGCAGGUUGAGGGCAGUGUGGGCUUCCCACACAGCCAGAGGCCCUGCAGGGAGAGCCCUUUCUUUUAAUGGGUUGUUUAAUGGGUGGAGGUUGGGCGUCAGGCGUACCUGGAGGGCCUUUGGCCUCUAUCCACAGUCCUUGAAGUGGACAGUGUGACUCCAGGAUGGGUACCCGGCCUCUAGCUCCAGGGGAAGACUCAGGUCCUAAAAGAGAGUCCUGAGAAAAUAGGGGAGGGUUCCCCAAUGCCUGAUUUUAAAAGAAGGGCCACUUCUUCACGUUCUCCCAGCAGUUCCCACCUGGGCCACACACCUGCUUUUGAGAAGAGGCCUCUAGGAGCACAGAGGCUUUGUGGUCAGGGCCCUGCCUGCAGCUCCCCUCCGUCCCCCAGGCCACUGAGGUCAGCAGGGCCACCACCUCCUUGGUCCCGAAGGCCCUCAUGCCCCCAGGCUGCCAGCUUGUGGUCGGUCUAUAGCCAAAGGUGGUCACAAGCAUUGUUUGUAUCUUCAAUAAAAUCAAGUACUCAAGGGA